AUGCAAGAAGAGAGUGUAACUGUAAAACUAUUCAACGACAACAUCAAUCAACAGAACAAUGCAUUAAUGAAUAUUUCUCCCAGUCAUCGUCACGGUACGGAGAUGAGUGACAAGGAAUUUCAGAAAAUGAUCAUGGAUUUGAGGAAAGAACGAAUGAUGCUAGAGAAGAAGAACGCUUUUCAUGAAGAGAAGGAAAAUAUACAUGACUCAGCGUCAAGUACUGGUGAACCACUAUUGACAGAAGCUAACAAUUAUGAAACUCAGGCACUUAACGUCCUUCAAAAUUAUAUUCUCAAAGAAUUUGAAAACAUCAAAAGUAAGCUGGCGAACGAGCUACAAGAAUUAGAUAAAUGGACAAAAAAUACUCUGGCCGAUGAUGAUUCGGGAAAUGAUAGGGGUGAUAACUCGCAAGAGGAUAGCUUUUCUCUCAAGUCGGUCCUUUUAGAACAACACCGAGUUGACAAAAUAUUUCUUGAUAGACUCUCGACGAUAUAUAACAAUUUCAAUAAGGAGUACUUUUCAUUUAGCAAAGCUUCUACACUGCUAGAACUUCAUAAUUCAACCACUGAAGUUAUUUCCGAAUAUCAAAGAAUGUCACAAAAGUUUUCUAAAGCAAUUGCAGAGUCACAAAAUCGACUGCCCUCGAUAGAUGUGACAGAUGCAACCCCAACAACUUUUUCCAACAACAAGAACUUUUAUAAUGAUGUUACAAGCGAUGAUGACGAUAGCGAUGACGAGAGUGAAGUUGAACGAGUGGAUGACAUUCUCCUUACAGACCAUAUUUUACAAAAUUAUCGAGAAGAGGAUGAUGCUUCACCAUCAUAUUCUAUCGUAACUAGUUCAACAGUGUUGACGGGCCCUUUCAGUCCACUAAUCACACCUAACACCAACAGACACUCUGCAGCUAUUUUUCCUACUCACAAAGACAUACUCGCAAGUGCUGAGACAGAAGAUGCCAGCAUGCACGAUUCCAGCAGUAACUCCAACAAUGCAAAUAAUAAUAACAACGAGUCAAUGAACAGCACUCACUCUGUGAAAACAGUGUGUCACCAACACGUAUCACCAGGUGAACCGAUCCACACACCACUCUCUUUGAUGUCCAUGAACAACGAUAUAGUAGUAAUAGAAUUAUUACACAUUAUUAUUGACCAAAGCAUGGACAUAACCAACUCAUUCAACCACACCUUUGCUAAAAACUUUUACAAACAUGCAAGCAAUAAAUAA